UUAACCCACUCCGAUUGGCCACUCCUGCGAAAUUCAGUCGUCGCCGGACCUAGAAGUAGCCCUUGCCCGGUCACCGGAACUAGCCCGGACUUUUCUUUCGUCUUCGAGAAUCCACAAUUCAACCAUCUGUUUGUGGCGUCGUGUUCUCGCCUUUGUCGGGGCUUAAGCAGUAUGGAAAGGCAAUAAUAAUGGAGGAGCCACAUUCCAUGAACAGUCCUAGAAGAGUCCUUAGUUUUUCAAGAAAAGGGAAGGAUACAUUGUUUGUCCCUAAUCAUGACAACAGCAGGACUUCUAGUAUUGCAGUUUCAGGGCAGCAUGGACCAAAACCUUCUGAAGUUUAUGGAUUUGUUGGAACUAUCUCAACUGUUGUGGCUACUGUUAUUUUCUUGAUAUGGGCGUAUCUUCCAGAGAAUUGGCUACACUUUGUUGGAAUAUUUUACUACCCCAACAGAUAUUGGGCUUUGGUUGUUCCAACCUAUACAAUGGUAACUGUAACAUUAGCUAUUGUGUUCUAUAUUGGUCUCAAUUUCAUGGCAACAUUUCCUCCAACUUCCUUAACUACAAUUUUCGAUGAUUAUAGUAGAGAUGCUUUGAACUCGUCUGACUUGUCCAUGGAAGACGAUGAGUGGCCAAUUGAGCCUAUAUCUGAUAUCGGGAUACACUUGAUAAAUGAUCUCAUAUUUAAAGAUUGGAAAAGUUAAAUACUCUUAAGAUGAUGAUUGUUGAAUUCAUAAUAACAGGGCAAUGAUAGAACUGAAGGUCAAUUUGUCAUCUGCAAGGACCCAAUUUGUUUGAUGUGAUGCUAAUAUUUCAUAUUUGUGUUCCAUUUUGAACAAAUUCUUCAAACUAUUAACAACUUCCAAAUAAAUUCUAGUUGCAUGCAACUAUGUAAGUUUGGAGUAGCGAUAAUAUGAUCCAAAGUUGUUAG